UCCAUCCCGAAAACAUCUCUCCAAUCCUUUGACGGCAAUUUCCUAAUCCCAUCACUCCAAUACGCCAAGAGGGCAUCACGAUCCAUCCAAACCCGACCUCCCCGGAAAAGUCCCCUCCCGUCAAAGUCCUCCAAUAGCCGAGAUGCUCUCCCCCCGCAUUAGCGCCGCCUCUCCCGCGCUCCCACGCUCCCACGCUGGCGGUCAGCAGAACCAUGCUCCUGUCGCCACCAGCCCCAUGGCCGCGCGUCGAGCCCGUGCGCUUGAAUCGUCUCCCGCAGCGCAAAGGCCGGCUACUCUCGCUUCCGCGUAGCCGGCGGCUCGGCUUGUGCAUGGCUGAGAUGGCCAUGGUCGGGGGUGGGUCAUCCCGUGAGCCUGGGGUUUCUGCUGGGGAGGGGGAGGCGAUGCUGGGAGGCGACAAGUUGCCCGGUCCGAGGGCGGAGACGGCGGCGACCCGGUGGACGCCCGUCGAGGCGGCGCUGAAUCGGAUGAGUAAAUGGCUGGUUGCUGGUUCUUUUGCUUUUGCGGCUCUUUGUAAGCGUGAUUCUGAAAUUAUGUGGGCUUUGAUGGGUGCGUAUGCAAACUCUAUGCUUUCGUUGGUUCUUAAAAAACUGCUCAACCAUGAAAGGCCGGCACCAGCUUUGCGGUCUGAUCCUGGGAUGCCAUCAUCCCAUGCCCAAUCUAUUUUCUAUGCUGCAACACUUCUAGUUCUUUCAGUCUUCUAUUGGCUUGGGACAAAUUAUCUGGCAAUGAUUAUUGGGGCUACAACUAUAGCAUCGGCCGCCUAUCUAUCGUGGCUACGGAUAUCGCAGCGUCUCCACACACUGAACCAGGUUCUUGUGGGCGCUACUGUAGGAUCAGCCUUCAGCACUAUGUGGUUUGCGCUCUGGCAUUUGUUUGUGCGGGAAGCUCUUGCUUCCUCGUUGUGGGUCAAAAUUCCAGUCGGCCUUGGUUCAGAAGUGGUUUGUGUUGCCUUCGUCAUCUACAUCAUUCGGCAGUGGUUCAAGGAUGCGCAAUGAUACAGAUAGCCGCGACAGGUUAAUGAAUACUUAAACCGGUUGGCCACAGAAGGUUUUAUCCCCACUCUCUGGGAAUUACACGCGGAAAGAAGCUUGGGUGGUGCUUCAAAAGCCCACUAAACAGAACAGAUAGCAGUUUUGAUUUUCUGGUGUGCAUUAUUGAUUCUUGUAACAUAUCAAACAAUUUUAUAGUGAGCAAAGCGUUCUUAAGGACA